GACAAUGACAUGAACAUGACAUGAAACUACAGUGGAAUAAAGUCACCGGGAUUAUUACGGACGGCGCACCUGCCAUGGCUGGCGAGCGGAGUGGAUUAUCAAGCCUUGUCUGUAACAAAGUCAGCGAAGAAGGAGGCAGCGCUAUUAAACUCCACAGUAUUAUUCAUCAAGAAGUUCUCUGUGCCAAAUAUAUGAAAUAUGAUAAUGUUAUGAAACCGGUGAUAAAGACUAUUAAUUAUAUUCGCUCCAAAGCGCUGUGCCACCGCCAGUUUCAACAGUUUCUUCUCGACAUCCAGGCUGAAUACGGAGACGUUUUGUAUCACACCGACGUAAGGUGGCUCAGUCGGGGGUCUGCGCUGCAGCGCUUCUUCUCUCUCAGGGAGGAAAUUGGACAAUUCUUGACUAAAAAGGGACAACCCAUGCCACAAUUAAAUGAUCCUGUUUGGCUGGCUGAUUUGGGAUUUUUAGUUGACAUAACGCGACAUCUGAAUGCGCUGAACACAAGCCUUCAAGGGCAAAAUGCAGUGGUAAGCCAACUGUAUUCACACAUCAAAGCCUUUCGGACCAAGCUGCUACUUUUCCAAAGACACCUGUCACAGGCGCAGCCCAAUACCGCACAUUUCCCGUCGCUGCAGGAAAUUGUGACCAGUUUCCCACAGAUCAAUAUCAGUGCGCAAAUGACAAAGUAUGCAGCAGACAUCUCAUCUCUGGUUGAGGAGUUUCAGCAGCGCUUUCGGGACUUUGCAGCUAUUGAAAAGGAGGUCACGCUUUUUUCCUCUCCUUUCUCCGUGGACCCUGAUGACGCUCCAGACCACCUGCAACUGGAGCUCAUUGAGCUGCAGUGUGACGCCGAGCAUCGCAGUCGGCACCAACAGCUCCCUCUUGUCAACUUCUACCGCCAGCUGGAUGAAGGCAGGUUCCAAGCAAUUCGGACAUUUGCUAAGAAAAUGCUGAGCUUGUUUGGCUCCACAUACAUGUGCGAGAACAUUCUCCGUUAUGAACAUUAACAAGAGCCGCAUGAGGACGAGACUGAGUGACUCUCACCUGCGUGACGUCUUGCGCAUCAAAACCACUGCUCUUGAGCCAGACAUGGACUACAUUACUGCAGUCAAGAUCCCAGUAUCACCCUUCACAUUAG